UCCAGUUACCUAGUUGUUCUUGGGCUCGUGUUCACGGCUCUUUUGUCCACGCUUGCCUGGAUCUUCGCUCCAAAGACAAACCAAACCGUGUGGAGGUCUUCCGUGAUAUUGGGGUUGGCCAUGUGCUAUUUGAUGUGGGCUAUCACCUACUUGGCACAAUUGCAUCCGUUGGAAGCGCCUAGGAGAUCUAAUUUGAGGCCGGAAUAG